CGUGAGGAGGUGCAAAGAAUUGCUUAGACUGGGAGUCAUUUUGAGAAGGAAAAGAAGAGAAUUUUGAGAAGCAAAGAAUGGCAGAAGUAGCGAAGAGCAGAGACGCUCGCCGGCGACGAAGAAUCCUCGACCAAGGAUCCGACCGUCUCGCCUUCAUCACGGGUCGGAUCCAAACACUCCCUCCCACGCUUCCUGAUUCCGCCGCUUCAUCUACCCAAUCCCCCCCUCCAAACACCACCCUUUCCGCUUCUGAUUCCAUUUCGCACAAUCUUCAACCCUACGGCGACGACCACGCUCCCAACACCGCAAUCCAAACACCCCCCCAAAACCAGCCUGAAAGAGACACUUUGACUGUUCCAACUUCUGAAAUCCAACCUGAGCAAGUCCAAUUACAACCACCGCCGUCAUCGCCGUCGCCGCCGCCGUCAUACACCGAGGAACCGAAACGUUUCGUCACCCCGAGUGAUAUAACUCGUGCAAUCAAUUCCUCGAGGGUUACCCGACUCUGUUGUUCCGUUCUCGUGGCUCUUCUGGUGCUUUUAUUUCUGGGCACAAAUUUUUUCAGUACUGUGAUCAGCUUUGGGCCACUCUACGUUGUUCUUGUGACCAAUGCAACGGUUGUGAUUGCGAGACUCUUUUUCGGGGUACAGAGGGAUUCUGGAAGAACGCGGAGAAGUGGUUCUUCUGGUGAUGGUGAAGAUGAAUAUUCGCAACUUGCCAGGAUGCUGGAGUUGUGUUUGGUGGCGAAGAAUGUGGCGGAUGCUGUGUUCAUGGAUUGCGCUAUCUAUGCAAUCGUUCUCAUUUGUGGUCUUUCUGUGAUCAAAGCAUGAUGUGGAAUUCUUGUGUUAGUUUGAACAUUGAACUAUUGACAACAUUUUUUGGUUUUGUUUUGUAGUUCGAAACUGAUUUUUUAAUAUGAUUCUCUAGUUUCCUUUGGUUCUGUUAUA